UGUGCUGGCUGCAAGGUCGUGAGAUACUGCUCAAAAGAACAUCAGACCGAAGACUGGCCUAGACACAAGGUGCAAUGUGUAACGGUCAAGAAAGCUCGGUCGGCUAUGGACCGAGAAGAACGCAAAUUGCGCCAGGAACCGGACCAGCCAGAUCCAUUCCGAAAUGGCGAUCCAUUCGAAACCGACGUUGGCCAUUUCUGGGGCAUCAUUGAGACCCGAAGCUACAUGCGAGCGAAGUACGGGUACCUGGAUGGGCUUAGGAAAGUCAAGACCAAAGAGGCAGUCCAAGCGGCACUUGAUCAGGCCAACGAUUGCUUGCGCCUUUGUCGCGGCGACAACAUGGGUGUGCGUGAUAUGGUUCCAGCCCUCAUGAUCCGGCUCGGCAAAGACCAGCAGGCCUACGACUUCCUCAAGUGGUACUGCACCACUGGCGAGGAGCCUGACUAUGAUUGGGGUGACAUGAGCCUACCGUACCUUGACUUAAAGGACGAGAACGUGCUGGAGGAACUCCAUGAGAACAUGCAUCACACGUACGCUGGCAUUGAAGUCAUCGCUUCCAUGACACUUAUUAAACUACGCCUCCUCUUCGAUAUCCAGGAGCUGGAGCGCCGCAGUCCGGUUGGGGAGAAACUGCCCCAGGAGAUUCUUGACCUGGUCCGCGAGCAGAUGGCUUCCAAUAUCAUUUCGAAGAAUGAAGCUUUGAUGUCCGACAUUCGCAAUGGAGUCAGCUUGAAGCCAUACAUCCACAAGCUCGAAGGUCAGCUCGAUGUGUUGUUCCAGGCGGCUAAGGAGAACAACAAGCAUUUCUGGCCGGCUAUUGUAAAUCCUGGGUCUGCUUUGACAGCAAGACCCGCAUCCUACUCGAUGGGUUCCAAGGAGGAAAUGCAGCUGAAGCUGCAGUACCUGUAUGAGGCGUGGGAAGAGACUCCUGGUGCUAUUGAAUGGGUUAAGAAGAAGCUA